UCAACUGAAAACAGUACCGUUUCUACUUCAAAGAAGAUCACUUUGUUUUUAAAAUUUUUGAUCUCAAUCAUAGACAACAACAAACCCAAUAAAAUAAUAAUGAAUCUAGGAGUUUUGGGUUGUGGAGUUAUUGGUUUGACAACAGCCAUUGAGCUGCAAAAAGAAUUCCCCAAUGCUCAAGUGUCAAUAAUUGCUGAUCGUUUUAAUGAAGAUACAACAAGCUAUGUAGCAGCGGGAAUCUUCAGACCUGGCACAAGUUUCAUGGGGCCAUCAAUCGACAUAACACAAAAAUGGAUUACAGAUGCAUUUAACUACUGGGAUGACAUACGUAAAACAUCUGAUGCACCACUUGCUGGUGUCUGUCAAUUGUCUGGAUAUAUUUUUUCGACAACAAGUCCAUCAAUUGUUCGAAAUCACUUUAUUGAAAAGCUUCUCCCAGUCUAUCGCCAAGCAACGGAAGAAGAACUUACAUUAUGUCAUGGUGGAUGGAAGUAUGGUUCAUUUUUCACAACUGUUUUGACAGCAACUAGUGAAUAUCUGCCAUAUGCAACAAAAAAAUUCCUUGCAGCAGGUGGAAAAAUAAAAGAACAAAAAGUCACAUCAUUCUUUGACAUUGAAGAAAAAUUUGACGUUCUUGUCAAUUGCACCGGAAUGGGAGCCAAAGAACUCUGUCAAGAUCAACAAUUAGUUCCAAUACGUGGUCAAGUUCUUAAAAUUCGUGCUCCAUGGAUAAAAAUGGCGUUUUAUGGUGAUUACGAUACCUAUAUCAUUCCUAGUUUUAACGGAGUCACAUUGGGUGGAUGUCGUCAGUUUGACAGUUACAAUACUGAAGUGUGUAAAUACGAUUCACUUGCAAUUCGUGAAAGAUGCUAUGGAAUGUUACCGAGCUUAAAAAAGGCUGAAAUUGUGAGAGAAGCUGUUGGACUUCGUCCACAUCGAUCAAUAGUUAGAGUUGAGUCGGAGUUCAAACAAACUCCUGCUGGACGGACAAUGAAGAUAGUACACAAUUACGGUCAUGGUGGAUAUGGGGUGACAACAGCACCAGGCACAGCUCUGCAUGCUGUCAAACUUGUCAGAGAUGUUCUGUCAUCGAGCAAUAUGAGUAAAUUAUAAAAUGCAUGAAGAAAAAGUAGUUAAUGCAAAUUGAGA